UUCACCAAGUCGAGUCGGGUGGAGACAGAGCGGACAUUUCUAACUUUAUUUUCGCAUUUUAAACUUUAGUUUAACUGUACUUUAUAAAGGCGUUAUAAAAUACACACGACGAAGUGCGUGUAGAUGUUUAGAAACCUAAGCUUUAGCUCGCUGUAACGUUUUAGCUCGAGCAUGUCGGAACCAGCCGGGAAGAGAGUGAGAAGCAGUGUACCCGCGUGUAGAGAACACCGCGCGCUGCUGCAAAGCCAAGCCAAGCAGAAUUUCCCCGCGCUCGUUGAGGAAGCGUUAUGUGGGGUUUCAACUUCAAUGAUGGGGUUUGGUUACCGACUCGAAGCGCUGGCUAAGAUCUUUGAGCAGGCUGAUCUGCCUUUGUCUCGGGUGGCUGCUUUUUUCCAUCAUGAGUCUUUGAGGGAGCAAGCGCAGGCCGAGGCCAUGCUAAAGUACCUGUCUGAGCGUGGGGGGCAAUACUGCAGCAAAGUCAUUCAGAGGCCUGGCACUGAGCAGGUGUGUGCAUUGCUUCCUGCUCUAGAGCUCCUUUUGGGCCAGUGGAAGGAGGAGAUGGCCAUUAUGGUGGAACUAUGUCAACUGGCUUGUGAGCAUGAAGACCCUCAUACUGCCAACACGGUCAAAAGCCACUUUCUCAACCCCCUUAUCCCAAAGGUCAAGCUUCUGGGUGACUUAUUGACAAAUGCUCAGAGAGUGGGAUGUACCACUGACAGCACUGGAGGAUUUGGAGAAUAUCUUAUUGACCAGCUUUACAAGGAACUGAGCAGUGUUUGAACUUACCCUUAAUAAUAAGACUCUUACUUAUGCAAUAAAAACCUGACCAGCAGUAUUAAAUAGAAAUGGCUUCUAUUCUAGCUUGUGUGUGUUACCAAAUACCCAAUAUAUUUUGUAUAACAAAACUUGAUUUUUUUAUGACCAUAUAAUUUAAUGUAAGCGUUAUAUGCAUUAAAUGAUCUUGCUCUUUGUACCACUGUUUGACAUUUACCCUAUCAUGUGCAUCAUCUUAAAUUUUUAACAUUAAUACUCUUAUAUUAAAUUGGUGCUU